AGUAGCAUAUAACAGGGUGUUUUAUAUAAUUAUAUAACAAAUCAUGGGGAGUUGUAGUUUUCCAAAUUAAUGACCUAAAUAUGACAUUUGUCAAUAAACUUCAUCAACCAUUCACAAACAACAAGAAAAGAAAAAAAAAAAAAAAAACACCCCACAAUUACCCAAUACGACACCGUUUAAACCUUUUAGCAAAUCUUUUGGCGGGAAUCAUUUCCCGCCAUUUCACCACUCUCCCUCAUAAAUAGAACCCACAAUACAGAAUCACCACCCCACUUCCUACACUCUCCAUCUUCUCAUUUCAUCCUCUAAAAAUUAACAAACAAAAACCCUAAAUCAAAAGAGGGCAAAAAUCAAAAUCACAGAAAAACAAUGUUUGAAUUAAGGUUAGUACAAGGAAGUCUAUUAAAGAGGUUAAUAGACGCCAUUAAAGACCUUGUAAAUGACGCAAAUUUCGACUGUUCUUCCACUGGAUUCUCUCUCCAAGCCAUGGAUUCUAGCCACGUGGCACUUGUCUCUCUCCUCCUUCGAUCAGAGGGAUUUGAGCAUUUCCGGUGUGAUCGUACCUUUUCUAUGGGUAUGAGUAUUGCUAAUAUGGCUAAGAUGCUAAGAUGCGCUUCUAAUGAUGAUAUUAUUACUAUCAAAGCUGAUGAUGGUACCGAUACCGUCACCUUCAUGUUCGAGAGUCCUUCACAAGAUAAGAUAUCGGACAUUGAGAUGAAGCUGAUGGACAUUGAUAGCGAUCACCUUGGGAUCCCGGAUGCUGAAUAUGAUGCAAUUGUUCGAAUGCCAUCAACGGAGUUUGCUAAUAUAUGUACGAGUCUGUCCUCAAUUGGUGAUACUGUUACUAUUGCUGUUUCAAAGCAAGGCGUAACUUUCUCUACCAAAGGUGACAUUGGAUCUGGAAACAUUACCUGCAGACAGAAUUCAUCAACAGAGAAGCCAGAGGAGGCCACCAUUGUUGAGAUGAAAGAGCCAGUUGUGUUGACCUUUGCCCUCAAGUAUAUGACUACCUUCACCAAAGCAACCUCGCUAUCUAGUCAAGUUACCAUCAGCUUAUCCUCAGAUAUGCCUGUGGUCGUGGAAUACAAGAUUGCGGAAAUAGGCUACAUCAGGUACUACCUAGCUCCCAAGAUUGAAGAAGAGGAGUUAGAGACCAACCCUCAACCCUCAACCAGGCCUAGAACAGAGCCGCGAGAAGAAAACCAUGCUAAACCUGUGCCUGUGCCUGAGGCUGAGCCUGAGCCUGUCCCUGAGCCUGAGCCUGAGCCUGAGCGAGCUGUGCCUCUAGCGAUAAUGGGGACAAAGGAAGAGAAUGGAGCUGAAGCUGACAUUGUAGAGGAUUCUCGGGUUAAAAUGGAAACUGAAAGUGCAGCAGAUGUUAAACCUGAAAAGGAGGAAAAGCCGGUGAAAGCAGAACUACACGCUUUGGAGCCUGACUUCAAGAUGGAAACCGAUUCUGAAGCUGAGAUCAAGCCUACGGCAGAGACAACGCAACCUAAGGCUGAAGUUGAAGUUAUGGAAGUAGAGUAGUCUCUUUUGAACUAACAAUCAUCAACUAUUUCUUGAUUUCAUGAAGCAUGUUCAUAGUAGUAUUAGUUGAGAUUUGAGCAGCACUUUAAUCUGGUUGGGUAGAUUCAGGACCAUUUUGGCAUUUGAUUAUUUUCGGUCCUGAAUUCAAUUUGAUGUAAAUCAGUAAUUGGGUAGCAGUAAUUCAGGGCUUUCUUCCAAGAGUUUCUUUCACUUUUGUAGUUGCUCAAUGCAAAACAUGCAAGAAAUUGGUGCAGGAGGGUGUUCUAGCUUCAGUGAACUUCAAUAUAUUUUUUCUCUAUA